AUGAUUCAGAACAUGUUCCAGGAGGGGCUGUACCAUGUGUUUCUUAGUGAGCGCCCUCAGCCCCACGCACAGGCCGCCGUUUCGAAUCUGGAGGACCUGAAGGAUGCUCGAAUUGUCCGCUGGUUUGGGACGGUUGUCAACACCCGCUUCCUGGUCACAGGGGUGGUGCAGGUGCUCAGCUCCCUGUCCUGUAUUCUCACCACCACCUCUUUCAUUUGCGUGCGCCUCGGCUGCUCCGUGUCUUCGACAGCCCCCAUCUGGUGUGGAAUCCUUUACAUGGCCACGGGGGGGCAUGCCAUCUAUGUGCAGAGGAAACCAAACAAAGUGAAGGUGAUCAUCCUCAUGGGCUUGAAUUUGUUCUGCCUCCUGCUGGGCGUGAGCUCCCUGGUCACCUACGGCCUCCGCAUCGCUGCCGAGCCCAGCCCCAUGAGUCAGGAGCAGGUAGGUAGGUGUGUGUGUGGGGGGAGGGGGGGGACAAUAGAAUACACUCUUGACACACAACAACGAAAUGUGAAAAGUGAGCAGAGAAUCGGGGCCUACGUGGCGCGUGGCAGUGCCAUCUUCUUCACAGUCCAGUGUGUCCUGGGAUCCUUCUACAUCCUCUUCCUCAGCUGGAGGGGUCUCCGUCGAUACAGCCCCCCCUACAGGCAGGCGUACUAUCCUGUUUCCCAGGUAGGAUCCGCAGGCAAUGAUUCAUCUACUGUAAUUACUCCUAGCAGAGCUCGAGCACUGAAACUUAACUGCACAGCCUCUGACUGCAAGACCCUACAGCGAGUUGACCAGGAUGACCGCAUGGAGCUCAUCCCAGACGAUCGCGACCAGAGUCUGUGA